CACCAUCGGGGGCUUUCUGAGGGCCACGUGGCCAGGAUGCAUCCCAGGGAUGGGCUCUGGCUGACACAGCCCUGGGCCAGCCGGGGUGGGAGAAGGGCUCUUUGGCAGAGCGAUGCCCGGGGGCAGGGUGCACCUGCUGUGGUCAACAAAACCCGGUUCCCCUUGCCCGCAAAGCUGACAAAGCAAAGCGGGUGGCUCCAAACUGAAAGCUCAUGAAAUACCUCUCCUUUUCAGCCUUCCGCAGGACAAAAGGAUGCUGGGGGUGAGCUGCCUCUGUUUGCAUUAUACGUUAAUCCAGCAUUCUUGGUUUGGGUCACAUGUUGCUCAAUACCGCCGGCCUGUGACUCUGCCGCGCUCUAUAAAUCGUCGGGCUCGGCGGCGGGUUUUCAGCGGCAGAAGCAGUUUUUGGUGCAACCGGGAGCAGCCCCCCUUCCGCCAUGGCCUUGGACCAUCAAACAUCGAAGCAGCUGCAAAGCAGCUCCAAGAUUGCCCUCUUCGAACAGGAGAACUUCCAGGGCCGCUGCCAGGAGCUGAGCAACCCUUGCCCCAACUUGAAGGAGGCCGGCAUAGAGAAAGUCAGCUCCAUUCUGGUGCAUUCAGGCCCCUGGGUCGGAUAUGAGCAGGCCCACUUCAAAGGGGAGCAGUUCAUCUUUGAGAAGGGGGAGUACCCCCGCUGGGACUCCUGGACCAGCAGCUGCCGGAGCGAUGGCAUCACCGCCUUGAGGCCCAUCAAAGUGGACAGCCAGGAGCACAAGAUCGUUCUGUACGAGAACCCCAGCUUCAGUGGCAAGAAGAUCGAGAUUGUGGAUGAUGACGUGCCCAGUUUCCACGCCUACGGCUACCAGGAGAAGGUGUCCUCCGUGCGGGUGCAGAGCGGCACGUGGGUUGGCUACCAGUACCCUGGCUACCGCGGGUACCAGUGCCUGUUCGAAAAGGGAGACUACAAGGACAACCUGGAGUUCGGAGCCCAGCAGCCCCACAUCCAGUCGGUCCGGCGCAUCCGGGACAUGCAGUGGCACCAGCAGGGCGCCUUCUACCGCACCAGCUAAGCCCCGGGAGGGCCCCGGAGCGCCCCCGCCUCCCGGCCCCCCUCCGCCACCCAUCCAGGCCCCCUCCUCUGCUCGCUGCCUCUGCUUCUGCUUCCACCCCUGAAUAAAGCUUUCGUCAUCUGAAAA